CCGGAGAGGUUUCGGCCUACCUGGGAAAGUGGGCGGGGUUAGAGAGCCUACAAGUUGAUCAAGGUGUGGCCCCCCCGAUCGCAGUUCAACACUCGGGGACGUCCGUUUCGAGACGGCUUCAGUUCGAUUCUUUCCUAUGAUCUAAUAACGUCCAUCGGACGAAGCGAGACGCGAGGAGCUCGACAAUACGAGGAAUGUCCUCCAGGCCAAACGGGAGUCCGCCUCCCUACGAAUCAGAAAACGCAUAUCCGCCCCCCACUGUCCAGCCAGCCUACUCCUACUACCCUGACGAUGAGUUCCAACACUUCUACCGCUGGACCUCCCCCCCAGGGAUCCUCAAGAUCAUGUCGGUCAUCGUCAUUGUUCUGUGCCUGGGCAUUUUCGCCUGCGUGGCCUCCACCCUAGCCUGGGACAGCCAGAACGCUAUGUCCGGGUUCGGCGGAGGGGGGUACGGCGCGGGGGGGUACGGCGCUGGCGGUGGGUACGGCGCUGGCGGUAGCUACGGUGGUGGCACCAGCUAUGGCGGCGGCUACGGUGGCGGCAGCUACGGUGGCGGCGGCUAUGGCGCGGGCAGUGGCUACGGCUACGGUGGCAUCGGCGGCGGCUACAACGACCCCCGCAAGGGCAAAGGGUUCAUGAUUGCCAUGGCGGCCAUCACCUUCAUCUUCGGGAUGGUGGUGUUCAUCAUCAUCGUCUCGCACCAGAGCCUGUGUCAGUCCAGGAGGUUCUACCUGGCGGUGGUGAUCCUGUGCGCCAUCCUGGCGUUGCUGAUGCUCAUCGCGACCAUCGUGUACCUGGUGGCGGUGAACCCCAUGGCGCAGUCGUCCAGCUCCAUGUACGCCAUGCAGAUCCAGGGGCUCUGCGCCCAGUACCAGCAGCCGGCCACGACGGGGGUCUUUGUCAACCAGUACCUCUACCACUACUGUGUGGUCGAGCCCCAGGAGGCGAUCGCCAUUGUCUGCGGGUUCCUGGUGGUGGCGGCGCUGAUCAUCAUGCUGGUGUUCGCUCUGAAGACCCGCCAGAAGAUCCGCGGCUACGGGAAGAGCAACAUCCUGUGGAAGAAGAUUAAGGUGGUGGACGACCUGGCCCCCCCUGGGGACGUGGAGGCCUGGGUGAACAACGUGUCCGCUCUCCCAGAAGAGGAGCCCAUGUCUGAUUACCCAAUGAAGCCGGCCGGCUCGAGGGAAUACCUGGACGACUCCAGCUCCUACAUCAAGCCCCCCAACGACUACAGCUCUGUGCCCCGGUUGGACGAGGACUUUCUUGCCAGCAACAGCGCGGCUCCGUACAGCAGCAUCUCCGAGCCGGCCAGCUCCACCGCCAAGCCCAAGAAGAGGCGCCCUCGCCGGGCACGCCAGCCCGACGGACAGACGUACGAGACGGACUACAACUCCUCGGGAGACGAGCUGGACGACGACGACUAUGACAGCGAGUUCCCCCGCAUCACCAACGAGGACACUCGCAUUGCGUACAAGCAGGAGUUUGACCGCGACCAUCAGGAAUACAAGGACCUCCAGGCCGAGUUGGACAGCGUCAACAGGAAGCUGUCGGACGUGGACAAGGAGCUGGACGACCUGCAGCCUGGCAGCCCCCAGUUUCUGGAUGCACUGGAUGAGUACAACAAGCUGAAGGACUAUAAGAAGUCUGCAGCCUACCAGAUGAAGAAGCGGAGGUCUAAGUAUCUGAAGGGGAAGCUGAACCACAUCAAGAGGAUGGUGAGCGACUACGACCGUGCCUGAACAGAGCCCCUCUCGUCCCUCCCCCAGUCCCGCCCUUGUGGUGCUCUCCUCCCAGCCAGGAGCCUCUCUCUCUGCUGUGCUCUGUCCCUUACGGUCUCUAAGCUGGGAAUCAACCAACCACGCAGAGUUUUGAGCCAAUUUUAAAAAGCCAACGAACAGGAAACUGUUGGCUAGGCUGGAUGACUUUUACCUGAUGGACGCUGCGGGGAAUGUGUCCUCACUAUACACAUGUUGAUUUUACUCUUAACUUACUUUAUUUUUUUAUUUUUUGUGAUGAUCUUUUGAGAUGCGCUCAGCCAGCGUCCUGGUUGAGUGCAAAACAUGUAAAUAUUUGGGAAGCAUUUUUUAUGUCAUUGUCGUGUCGUCAUAUGAAAUGUUUUUAUGGUACAUGAGAAAAGUCAACCUCGGCUCUUAAUAGUUUUUAAACUUCUUUUAUGAUGUGUUAUGUCUUUUUUUAAUUAUAAUAAAUAAUGAAAGGACAUUGUUGUG